AUGGCAGCGGAGACGGUCCUCGUCGUCGGGGCCACCGGCAACAUUGGCGUCGCGGCUGUCAAAGGAGCCUUGCAGGCAGGACGCAACGUCUUGGCCAUUGUGCGCAACCAAAAUUCGGCCGACAAGCUCAUCAAGCGCGUGGGGACCUCCAAAGACAUCACCUUUGUCGAGGCUGACGUUGCUUCGGACUCGGGGGUUGCCGAUGUGGUGACCAAGGUCCGGGAGGGCAAGCUGCCAACCUUCCAGCACGUCUACUCUUCCGGCAUGACAUGGCCCUCCCCAUCCAAUACCGAGUCCCAUGGCAUUACUACGGAUCGUCUGCGCUACAAUCUCAACAUCUCCUUUGAGGCCAACUUCUUUGCCUACCGCGACACAAUCGAGUAUCUGCGCGAGCAGAAGAACAGCUCCUUCACCAUGUGCACUGGCUCCCAGGGGGACCUGGCCACACACCCUUUGCCCGCCAUAACACAGGGCGCACUGUACUCCCUGUGCCUGGGCGCUGCUCGCGACAACCUGGACAAGUCCGUCCGCUUCAACGAAGUGUACCUGGGUUUCCGCGUGGAAGUAGACGAGGACGCGGCUCAGCACAGUGUCGUGAGCUCGACAGAGUUUGGAGCUGUGUUCGAGCAGCUUCUGGACAGAUCCGAUAUUCGUAGCGCGCGUGUCCACGUGACCACGCCAGAGGACAUGAAGGUCUUGAGGCAUGCAAGGAGAUUUUAG